AAUCGUCAGUCGCACAGAACCCGUCGAACAGUUAACAGUUUUGUUUUGUAUCGUGCUAAUAUACACAUAUUUUUUUUGAUGAACCAAGAAAACGAACAAAACACGAAAUAAUACCCAUGUUGAAUGAAACUAUACAUUAGCAUCUAUAACGAAAAUUUAAUAAUUUCGGCGAUUGAGCAACAAGUGUACGACGACUAUCGAAAACAAUUUUAACAGAUUAAACAGAUCUAAAGAGAUUUUUUUUGUGUGUCGUGAGUUUUAUAUUUUCGAUUCAUCAUGGUGAGCGGUGCGAUGGAUAUUAAAGAGCCGAAGCUGAAAUAUCCCAAAUCGGUGGCUUUCAUCAUUUGCAACGAAUUCUGCGAGCGGUUCAACUAUUAUGGCAUGCGAACGGUGCUUGUACUGUAUCUCACUGCAAAGUUGAAGUAUUCGAAUGAUGAUGCGACUGUUUUAUUUCACGUAUUCGCAAGUUUAGCAUAUUUCUUUCCAUUAAUUGGUGCAAUUUUAGCAGACAGCUACUGGGGCCGUUUCAAGACAAUCGUCUAUUUGUCGAUGAUUUAUGCUUUGGGCACCGUCGUGUUAACGGUAGGUGCCGUACCAACUUUGAAGCUGCCCGCAAACGAAGUGACCAUUCUUGGGCUCAUAUUGAUAUCAGUUGGCACUGGAGGCAUAAAACCGAAUGUGUCUGCGUUUGGUGGUGAUCAGUUUAAGUUACCGGAACAAGCAAAACAUUUAGCUACAUUUUUUUCGAUAUUCUAUCUGUCAAUCAAUGCUGGAUCCAUGAUUUCAACAUUAUUGACACCAAUUCUGCGUGAGAACGUACAUUGUUUUGGCGAAUUGAGUUGUUUUCCCUUAGCGUUUGGUGUGCCGGGAGCAUUGAUGAUCAUUUCGAUUUUAAUUUAUGUGAUUGGCAAACCAUUUUAUGUGUUGGUACCGCCGUCGGGAAAUAUUAUCGUUAAAAUCGCCAAAUGUAUCGUGCAUGCGUUGAAAACUCGGUCAAAAGAACGGCAAACAAAACCACGCUAUCAUUUUCUCGAUUAUGCUGAACCGAAAUAUGGCAAACAAAUGGUGUACGAUGUUAAAUGUUUGCUGAAAAUACUGGUUUUAUACAUUCCAUUCCCGCUUUUUUGGGCGCUAUUCGAUCAACAAUCUUCGAGGUGGACGUUUCAGGCAGCUCAAAUGGACGGUUACAUUUCACAACAAUACUCAAUUAAACCUGAUCAAAUUCAAGUACUAAAUCCACUGAUCGUUGUUUUCUGCAUUCCACUGUUCAACUUUAUUAUCUAUCCCUUGCUUGAGAAAGUGAAAAUUAAUACACCGUUACGAAAAAUGGCAUUAGGUAUGGCACUCUGUGGUUUUGCAUUUGCCAUUUCUGGUUUACUUGAGUUACGUUUAGAAAAAACAUACCCAGUAAUGCCGAAAGCGAACGAAGGACAAUUGCGCAUUUUUAACGGUCAAUCAUGCGGCUUUCAAUUGCAAACAAAUUUACCAGAACACGAAAAAAUCGAAUUGCCACCGAACGCACUUUGGACAGACCAACAUUUAGCAUUUAAACCAAAUGAAACUUUGCGAGUUUUUCAAUAUAAUAUCACAUCCGUUGAAGGUAGUACCUGUGAACCAGUGUCGUUCAAUGGAGAAAUCAAAAUUUUUGCACAUAAAGCAACGAGCUACCUUUUAGCCGCCACCAAUAAAUUUGUGCAAUAUGAAGAUUCACCGGCUCGAUCGCCAGCCCUAUUGCCGCGCGUUCGUAUCGUGAUUACCUCAACCGUUCAGAGUUCUGAUGUGAUUAACAAAGAGAUUAUGAUUCAAAAUAUGCAAAAUGCUCAAUCAUUUAAAUUGCAAUCGGAUUUGAAUCGGAUGCAUGAAGUCGACGUAGGAACAUAUUUUGUAUGGGUGGAUGGAAUUCAAGUCGGUGGCUUUGAACUAAAACACGGCGGAACUUAUACAGCUGUCAUCAGUCAAAUUAGUCAAUUUAAUUACACAAUGAACGUUUACACAAUUACCGCACCACCAUCGAUACACAUUUUACUACAAAUACCUCAAUAUGUGAUUGUAACAGCUGGUGAAAUUAUGUUUUCAGUAACUGGCCUAGAGUUCUCGUUCACACAAGCACCGUCAUCAAUGAAAUCGGUGUUACAAGCCUUUUGGCUUCUUACCGUAACUUUUGGCAAUAUUUUUGUCGUUAUUAUCGCAAAAGUAAAAGUGUUUGAUACACAAUCGGGCGAAUUCUUCUUAUUUGCCGGUCUUAUGGCGCUCAACAUUUUACUAUUCAUUUAUCUGGCCAAAAAGUAUAAGUAUCGCUCUAUUGUCGAAGAUAUUGAAAACGAUGAAGCGGCCGCUCGUAAUGCAAAUGUCAUCAAUAUGAACAGUUCGAAUAUAAGUACUGACACAUUCACUGUCGACGGCAUGUGUCCCACCACGGCGGCUAUUGCUGCCGGCACAGCACCAACAAAUCCACGCUUAUCACUAUCGAAUGGAAGCAAUGGUAGCGAGAAAUUAGAUGCUAGUCCAAAAUGCUUGAAACGAGCAGCCAACGGCAAAAAUGGAGUCGACAAUUAUGGAUACACAGACAUUUAGAAGAAAAAUGUCAUCUGCCUCAUGUGGACAGUUUUUUUGUGAUAUUGUUAAUUGUUAAAAAAUACUUUUUUUUAUUGUUAGGAAUCGUAAUGUGUCAGAUUUGUAUAUUUAGACAUUUUCCCUGUUAUUUUUAUUAUUUUGUUUUUCUUCAUGAUUUUAAAUUUCAAUGAAACGCGCCCAGUUAUAAUAAUUCUGUUGGAAAUUUAUUUA